AUCCGUACACAAGGCGGAAGUACUUGAGUAUUGUGGUCGCCAUUUUCAAAACGGCUAAGCUUUAUUGCACACUGGAAUUGUCCACUAAAGAAGUUUAAAUAAAGAGCUGGAACUUUGAAUGAAAGAUCAUUCAUCGCGAUGAUGGAGCUCCCUGACUUCAGCAAGCAGCUGCUGCAGCAGCUGUGGACGCUGAGGAGGGAGGGUCUGUUCUGUGACUGCACCAUCCUGGUGGGAGACAGCUCUCACCGGGCUCACAAGGUCGUACUGGCUGCCUCUAGCCUGCUCUUCAGGUCCCUUCUGGACAGCUCGGACACCAUCUCCAUCGACACCUCCGUGGUUUCCUCCCAGGAGUUUGGGGCGCUGUUGGAAAUGAUCUACACUGGCCGGUUGCCUCUGGGGAAGCACAACGCGAGCCGCAUUGUUGCGGCUGCGGACAGCCUGCAAAUGUUCGACGUAGCCGUGGGCUUUAAGAAGGUCCUUUCCACUCUGGUUUGGUUUACCACAAACAGGCAGAGCACCUUGAAGUGAAGCCGUUUGCCUGCGAGGAAUGUGGCGCAGUGUUCGGAGCCAACUCUUCUCUGAAGAACCACAUGAGGCUGCACACGGGAGAGAAACCCUAUCACUGUCAGCACUGCGACAUGAGCUUCAGUGUAGCCGCUGCACUGGCUUACCACACCAAGAAGAAACACUCUGAGGGAAAGAUGUAUGUGUGUCAGUACUGUAAGGCUGUGUUCGCCCAGUCCAUUGAGCUCACACGUCAUGUACGGACGCACACUGGUGACCGGCCUUAUGUGUGUCGAGAAUGUGGGAAGGGCUACAGCCAGGCCAGCGGGCUCACUGUCCACCUGCAGACCUUCCACAGUAAGAACCCACUCAGUCUGAUGUUAACACUAUUAUUGCUCACAGCAGGGACACAACUAACAAUUAUUUUACGAAUCGAUCAUUCUAUCGUAUACCAAAUUGGUGUAUUCUGCAGAUUUUUCAUUUAACCACUUAAACCUUUUUUAUACAGUGUUAGAAAUAUUUUACAUUUAUGUGCCUUCUCUGACUUUAGACUUUAUACUCUCUAAUUUCUUAUUUUUGUACGUACAAGUAAUGUCUCCUUGUUCUGUG